GAUGUUAGCCAGUCGUGUCACUCUAGUGGUCCGUGUACCUGAUUCAAAUAUAUCACUAACCAUAGCCACGGGCAUAACCAGGCAUAACUCAUCGUAGCCGGUAGCAGCCGAUAGCCGGUCCUAAAGACAAAUAUUUCGCAAAGAAGGGAUUUAUAUUGAUUAACACAAUCGAUUCUCAUGGCGUACGAUCACACGGAUUACUGCCGUAAUAGCAUAAACAUGUCCCAAAAUGAAGAAAAUGAAAACUAUUCUGAAGUGAUGUUGCAGGACGAAGAUAGAAAUUUUGAUGAUUUGUUAAUAAAUAUUGUGAAAGAAUAUCCACAUCUAUAUGAUAGCAGCUGUAAAGAUUAUCGGGAUGUAAUAAAAAAAGAGAACUCUUGGAUAGAGAUUUCUAAAAUUUUGGCCACGCUUCCGGAUGUUUGCUGCACUCGGUGGACCCGUCUAAGAGAAUCUUUCUCUAAAGAAAAGAAAAAAAGACAAAGUGAAACAACAAGUGGAAGUGGAGCUUCCAAAAGACGAGGAUUUGUAUACUUCGAGUCUAUGAAAUAUAUUGACAAAUUUGUCAAAACUAAAAAAUCGAUAACCAACAUCAAGUUUCCCAAAAAAUCUAAUAUUUUUGAUUGUUCAAAAGACAAGAGUCUAAAUAAAGAAAUUUCAAAUUGGGUGCAGCAUGGCAAACAAACUCUGGAAAAAGAAAGAACUCCUUUGGAACAAAUUGAUGCAAAUAUAUUUUCACCAAUAAAAGAAUGCCCAAUACCGGAAACAUCACCCACUACCAGUAAUUUUGAUGCGUCAUGCGUAUCUUCUCCUUCGACGACAGAAAGUAAUACAAACGAUUUCGAACAUCAAUUGUUGUCAGCUCGAUCAUCACCCGAUACAAGUAAUUCUACAUUCCUUUCUCCAACAAGCGUAAAAUCUACCUGCACUUUGAAAAAGCCGCCAUAUAUGAAGGGUAAAUUUAAUCCUAAUAUAUUAAAUAAAAGAAACGCUAAAAAUGCAGAAUAUGAAAACGAUCAUUUGGAAGCGUCUUUUAUUAGCUUGAAUCAAGCAGUUACAGAUCAUUUGAAUUCUAAAAAAGAUGGUGCACAAAUGCAGAAUGAUCCAGACAUUUCAUUUUGCAAUCUGAUUAUGGCGGAAUUGAAACAACUGGAUAAUCAUAUAAAACAAGUCAAGAAACAAGAAAUUAUGCAAAUUUUGUGGAGAAAAGAAAACUUAUAAGCAAAGUGAUUUUUGUGAUAAAAUAAAUAAUUUGCAUUUAUUCGUAUAUAUAAUACUCGUGUUUUAAGAUUGUGUGAUAUUAAAUUUACUAAUAAAAAAUAUAUGUACUAGUAUAUAAUAAUAAUAAUAAUAU